AUGAAGACCCUGUUUCUUGCUUGUUUGUGCACAACCUUGUACCUCGUUGUUGUUAGCAGCAGUACGCCGUAUCACCAGCCGGGUUGGCGUAAAGGAGCUAGAAAUGUGCGCAAGGAGCCGUUGAGUGGGAGAGCACAGCUUCCGUUCGAUUCCGUCGAUGCCGUGGUCCGUCGGUGCGUAGAUGAGCAGGCGCGGGCGUAUGUUGCCGAGACGGUGGUGACUCCUGCACGUGUGUGUAAGGCGGAAAAGGCCUUCCUGCACUGCUUCGACGCGGAGGGAUUCCCCGAGCGGGUGGAUGCCGGCCUGGCGGUGCUCCGGUCUGUGGUGAUGGGGCAGUACGUCACUACCGUCCUGCCGUUCUGCGGAACUGUCAACCAUGGAGACAAACUACGUGACGUCAACAAGAAUGCAGCAGGUGAUUGCACCAUCCUGGACGUCCAGAACUGUUUCGCCAGAGCCGUGUUCUCCCUGCCCGGCGCCUGGACCCCCUGCGUGGUGCAACCUCUCGCCUUCGGGUGCUACAUGCGCGAGUGCCUCGGUCCGAAGGUCGGCCCUGCCCCGAACAUCGUCAGCCAUGUGAUGGCCUACCAUCUCAACUCCACCCUCACUGAGCCGGGACUGUGUGACCAUAUGGAGACGUCCCGUAUCAGUAAUGACUAUGACUAUCUCUACUAGUUUGUCAAAAUGAAAGCUCUAACAUCAUCGCAAGCACAGGCUAUCGCGUUGAUCAGACUUGGCAAAAAAGAAACUGAUUUUUGAGCCUUUGUACGGAUAAGGCCACA